AUGGCUCGAAUAGACCAUGUCGCACCCUAUUUUAUGCCAUUAUUUUGUUCAAACCGAUCCUCAAUUGUUGCAAUAUUGAUAUGUAUAAUAGUUAGUAUAUUUGUCUUAAUAUAUGGAAUAUCAUAUUUAUUACCCACAGAAUAUGAUGAUCCAAAUAUGUUUACACCAAAUGGACAAGACUAUUUCAGAACAUCUUUAUUAGGAUUUUUAUCUCCAUUUUUAUUUUAUUUCUUAAAGACAUUUGUAUUUAAUAUCAACCCUAAAUUCUUAUUAAUUAACCUAUUUUUUGAUUUCCCAUUAAAUGAUUCAUUUUUAUUAUGCAUUUUGAUCGGUCUAGCAUAUCCUCAACUUCAGGACCAGGUUCAUCGUCCACAGAUAGAUACAGUUGGCGACCCUUUAGAACCCGCACCACCAUUAUGGCAUAUCAUACCUAGACAAUCGUACAUAUUUGGAUUAAACUGGGCUUUAGCAGAGUUAAUAUUGUCAAUUUUAGAUAACAUGCCAUAUUAUAAAGAAAUUACAUUGAAUUCAACCCUCGGUAGCUCAUUAGAUCCAAAUAUCAUCCCUGAUAAUGAUUACAUCAACGCGCCAGAAAAUGAUGAAAGUUUACUGAACAGGAAUAACAUUACUUUAUCAAGAUGUGUAGGAUUAAGAAGAAUAUCCUCUACAAUAUCAUCAAAUGUUUACUCUUCUGAUAUGGAUGUAUCUCCGAAUAGGAACGGCAACAACAAUUAUGGAACAAUAACAUCCGAAAGAUCCCAUUCUAAUAAACAUAAAUCAAUAACAAGAGAAAGAAAUGGUUUAAGGUCUCGUAGUACAUCUAACUCUGAGAAUAUGAUUUCUACACAAUUAGAACCAGAUUCUAAUUCAGUUCUUGUAAUUGAUCCAAAAGAUAAUUCAAUGAGAUUGACAUCGCUUGAUUUGGAACAUGAUAUGCUUAAUACUAAUAUGUCCCAACCCAAAUUCAAAAGAAAAAAUGGAUUUGUAUGGGUCACCUUUAAAGAUGAUAUUAAGAGUACCCAGAAAAUAACAACAACCCCUCAUGAUUUAGAGAACAACAAUAGUAGCUCCGACACCCUUAAUCGACCUCUCAUUGAGAGACAACACCGAGUUAGAUAUUAUUGUGAAAUACAGAAGAACAGAUACUUAAUCAUCAGAUAUUUGAGAGCUUACCUAAUUUUUAUGGGUAAUGUAUUACUAACCAUUGGGGAAAGUUUUAUUCUUUCUAUUUAUUUCAUAUACAUACGAGGACAUGAAAAUUUAUUCACAGAUGUAGUUAAUUAUUUUGGGUCCCGUAGUUUACUCAACUUCUUCCUAUGCAUUAUCAUUCCUUUCUUAAUGCUUGAUUAUUUUGUCAAUAUCCUGAUAUUAUUCUGGAACGAUAUGGAGAAUGUUUAUGGCACAAAUGGUUAUCAUGGAAGAACAGAAAGCGCUGGACGUACCCAUAAACAAAAUAAUGCAUUAUAUCAAACCGAACAUUUCUACUUUGAUUUAUAUUCUAGAGCCCUUGAUUCAGAGAAUGUUCCUCAUCCCCAAAACACAUUGCUGACAGAUUAUUUUACAACUGAAAGUUUAAUUAACACCCCACCAAACUACCUAAACGAUCCUUCGUUACUUGGCCUAAGUAAUAUAUCAUUACCAGAAUCAAACAAGACCAACAAGAAACGUCCAUUGAGAAAAUUGAUUCAGUUAUGGCAAAGGAUUGGUGUCAAGAGUGCUUAUAUUAUCGGAACGCAAUUUCUUUGGGGAUUAUUAGCGUUCAUAGUAGGAAUAUAUACAGCUGCAGAUAUAUAA